AUGUCAAUCCACGAAGAUGCUAAACAGGAAAUCCUCGUUGGAAAUGUUCUUGACAAUCACAUCAAGAAUGACCCAAAUAUCCUUGAGAAGCAGAAUUCUGACUCGGGAUUUACACCACUGGAUUCUGUUGAUACAACCUGCGAUAUUGCGGGUUUGAAGACGCCGUUGAUGUUUGCAAUUGAGAACAAGGAUCUUGAAUCAAUUAGGCUGUUACGAAAAGCAAAAGCUUCCGUGGAUAUAAAAAAUAAAGAGGGAUUCACAGCAGGGCAGAUGGCCAGGUAUGCAAAUAAUCCUGCCAUCUCUCUUGCACUUGACGUGAACGAAGAAAAGGCAGCCAUUGGAUUACUUGCUUCCAAGGUCGUUGAUUUAUUACUCUACAUUGUUGACUGGGUGAAGAAGACUGUGAAGGGGGCUCUCUUCAUGGUACCAAAAACAAAUGCAGAGUCAAAUGAAGAUAUAGACAGAAUCAUAAACGAAGGCGAAGAGCCGACGCAAGAAGAAUUUGUGGAAAACAUUGCCCAAUAUCUUGAGAACCGCCAAUUACUAGAACGUUUCUUCAAGGGGAAAAAAGACUUUAUCCAGAACUUUGCUCGGAAAAUUGCAAGUGUGAAGGAAGGCUCUGCUAACGAUCUCGGGGGCAAGGACUUACUGCAAAAAAGGAUUCAGGUAUCUUUAUAUCAGCAAGUCAUCUACUGUGAUGACAGCACUUCGAUGAAGCGCGAAGGGCGCUGGGAAAGCCAGAAAGAACUCAUCCAGCGUAUCACCCAGGUAACCACUUUGGUUCUCCCAGAGGGCGAGGGUGUUGCAUUGCGAUUUAUCAAUAGAGAUGUUGACAAUGCUACCAACCUUACUCUUGAGGGUAUUAGGGAUAUCCUGAAGCCCAUGACCUGGCAGCCUGGCGGCGACACCCCCAUUGGAACGAAUUUACAGUCCAAGAUUCUCCAGCCCCUAGUCUAUGAGAAGAUUACCAAUGGGGCACUUGAACGACCGCUACUAAUUAUUAUCAUUACUGAUGGCAUGCCAGAGCCUGAAGAUAGCUCUGUGCUUGUUGAUGCCAUUCUAGAAUGCGAACGGCGGCUACAAGAAAAUGAUUACCCCCCUCGAACUGUGAAAUUUAUGAUUGGUCAGAUAGGGACAGCAAAGUCCGCCACACAAUUUCUAGAAUCCCUCAGAAAUAAUGAAGAUAUUGCCCGAACAACCUUCGUCACUUCAGAGAGGCUAGACGAGAAGUUUUCAGAGUAUAAGGCCAAUGAGAAGAAUGUUGAUCAAUGGCUCUUCAUUUGGACGCGCACAGCCGGUUGGCAAGGCACCAUGUCAACAGAACCUGAUUUUACUCCCAUCCAGCUGGCAUUCACGGAAGCCGUUCGCCAGUUCAAAUCCAAGCUCAAGAACGCUCAAUUAUACGCCGAUAUCCUGAAAACAACAUCCAUCGACGAGGUCUAUGAUAAAACAGAUGCACUUCAAAUUGAGCUAGGGAAACAGGGACGAAUUCGAAACCUCUCGAAGAUUAGACCUUUUCUUGAAGGGCUCCGAAGUUAUGCAGACAUUAUCGAUACCUUCGUCCAAGUCAAACCCGACGUCCUUGCGCUUAUUUGGGGCCCCAUCAAGUUGCUUAUUCAGUGCGCGUCUUCACUAACGCAAUCCUUGGAUGCCAUUAUCAAUACAGCAGCCGAAAUUGGUGGCUUGUUGCCCGAUUUUAAGGUCAUGGCUACAAUGUUCGGCCACAAUGAACAGAUUAAACACGUGCUUGUUCUCUUUUUUCAAGAUAUUCUCGAUUUUUACGCUGUGACUUUGAAGUUUUUUACAUUGCCUCGGAAAACUCACUUAGCUAGUAUGGCCAUCGACUACGCUACAUCGACCAGGACUAUUUUCGCUUUCAUCAGCCAUACUAAUAAGAACAAUACCUCCGCCCUGUCAAUUAUGCAUUCUUUAAUGUUUCAAUUGGCUUCAGACGAUGAAUCUCUUCAAGCAGUUCUUUGCGGCUUGAGUAGAAAACGGUUAAACGAUAACCUUGAAGUUGCUGUUGGGGUUAUAAAGACGCUACUUAACUCUGCUGAUUCGGUCAGCAUCAUCGUGGACGGAGUUGAUGAAAUUGACAGCCACGAACGAGAGAUGCUCCUCAAGAGCCUUUGCGACAUAACUAAGGUCUGCAAGAAGACUCAGCUGUUGAUAAGCAGUCGAGCUGAGCACGAUAUCUUGACAAUUCUAAGCGAGAUAUCGUCAACGAUUCGGGUGGAUACACACAAUACGGCAAGUAUCCAAAUAUUCAUCGAUAACUGGACGAGAAACUGGUUCUCAGCUCGCGACUUUUUACCCGCAGACAAGUCCGAAAUUGAAGACCUAUUUCAACCGCUUGCUAUAAAAGCGAAAGGGAUGUUUCUUUACGCCAAAAUCAUGUUAAGCAGUAUAGAAGAGCUAGAUAAUCUGGAUGAGAUCCGUAACGAGCUCAGAGUACUUCCAGAGAGCCUGGAUGAAGCAUAUGAGAGAGUGUUCGCAAAAAUUGAGAACAAGUCUAAUGAUGCUAUUAAAAAGAAGUGCAGACUUAUUCUCGGUUGGAUUAGCUGCUCACCUACGCCUCUAACAUUACCAGAGCUGGAGCAAGCUCUGGUAGUGACCAUCAGUGGGACGUGCAGAGUUUCUUCGCGGUUGAACUUUAUUCGCCUUUGUGGCCCCAUAAUUGAGCUUGUGGACGACCACAUGCAGUUUGUACAUUUCACCGUCAAAGAGUGA